GUGCCGGCCGACGACACCUCUCUCUUGUUCAAAGUUGAAACCUUUUGAAGCGCCCGGUCAAGAAGAGAACCGACCAUCGUUUGUUUCUUGUUCAGCGAAGCCGUUCGAAGGAAACCGGGGAAACCAAGAUAAUUUGGUCAUGGAUGAGAAAGAAGAAGGGUCGAGAAGCAUUGGUGAUGGUGACAUCAUGAUCCGUCGCAUGAAGAACCGGGAAAGGCAACGUAGGUACAGGGCGAGGAAACGGUUACUGGAAGCAAGCAACAACGAGAAUCUUUGCAUCAGCAACCAAUCUUGUGUGGCUGAGAAACCUGAACCAGAGCUUAGCUAUCGAGUUGAGAAUUCCGUAUGGCGUGUUUAUUGUAGCAGAGAAUGGAAAAAAGACGCUAGAAGGGCUCACUCGAUGAAGAGGGCUCGUGAUGUUGGUUCAGCCGAAUCUUCCAUCAAAAUCAAAACCUCAGAAGAUUGUGAUGGAAAUUCUACCGGCUUUAUAGACAAAGAGAAGCAGAAAAUAAGGCCUGGCCGGAGAGAUUGGAAGGCAGAAGCGAGAAACAAGAAAGAUGGAACCAUUGUGGUUGUCGAGAAGUUGAAUGACAUAUCGAAAACACCAGAAGCAGGCAAGGUAGUUCUCCCGGAUUUAAUAUCGAAACUUCAGGUCAGUUGUUUUAGAAUCUUGAUGAGUAAACGACUGUACUGUACCAACGGCUGUGCAUUUUACCUUCCACCCUUCAUUUUUCACAGCUUUCUGAUGUCAUAUGCACACACCUAAAUGUGUAUGUGUAUGUAUAUGCGUGUGUGAAUAUCGGCUGAAUUAGUCAUGUGAGAGCUAAGAGUUUUGGAAAAGUUUA